AUGUUUAGAUCGGCAUUCAAAACUGCGAGCCAACCUUUGGUUCAGAAAUUCAUAGCUGGUGGUGUUGGUGUAAGCGGGUUGACUGCGUCGUAUUUAUUAUACCAAGACUCAAUGAGUGCUAAUGCCAUGACAGCGGCAGAACACGGAUUGCAUCCUCCGGCAUACAACUGGCCACACAAUGGUAUGUUUGAGACCUUUGACCAUGCUUCGAUUAGAAGAGGUUACCAAGUGUAUAAAGAGGUUUGUGCAGCAUGUCAUUCUUUGGAAAGAAUUGCUUGGAGAAACUUGGUUGGAAGCUCUCAUACCACAUCCGAGGCUAAAGAAAUGGCUGAAGAAUUUGAAUACGAUGAUGAGCCAGAUGACGAAGGUAAUCCGAGAAAAAGACCAGGUAAGUUGGCAGAUUACAUACCAGGUCCAUAUGCAAACGAACAAGCUGCUAGAGCUGCUAACCAGGGAGCUUUACCACCAGAUUUAUCAUUGAUUGUCAAAGCCAGACACGGUGGAUGUGAUUAUAUCUUUUCUUUAUUGACCGGUUAUCCAGAAGAAGCACCAGCGGGAGUAGUAUUACCAGAAGGAUCUAAUUACAAUCCAUACUUCCCUGGUGGUGCUAUUGCGAUGGGUAGAGUUUUAUUUGAUGACUUGGUGGAAUAUGAAGAUGGUACACCAGCUACAACUUCUCAAAUGGCCAAAGAUGUGACUACGUUUUUGAAUUGGGCAUCUGAACCAGAACAUGACGAGAGAAAGAAAUGGGGAUUGAAAGCUCUUAUAGUGCUCUCGUCAUUGUAUUUAUUAUCUAUCUGGGUAAAGAGAUUCAAGUGGACUCCAAUCAAGAAUAGAAAGUUUAGAUUUGACCCACCAAAGAAAUAG